AUGUUUUCUGAUAAAAGCGGUGGUGAACGUAUAAAGGAAUUAUUCACAAAUAUUUUCGACAAUAUUUUAAUACUCUGUCCAAAGUUAAUUUAUCUCAACUUUCAUUCGCAAGAUGUUUGUACAGAUAUAUCAAGACCUUUUCUAACUGUUCCAUCUACUGCAUGUUACUUGUCAAAUAUCGUUCAUCUGAAUAUUGGAGUCUGUAGUUUUGACGACUGUCUUUGUUUACUUAAUGGAUACUUUACUCAAUUGCAAACAUUGAUUGUCAAGAUUGGUCACAUUAUUGAUACAUCAAAGAUCAUAAGAAAUUCGAAGACAGUAUCUGAUCUCAAAUGUUUCUCGUUGACUUCCUUCCAUCGAACAGAUGAAUAUGAUACUCAAGUUUUACCAUUAUUACAUCGUAUGUUACAAUUAGAAGAAUUAACAUUAUCUCUUGUUGUCGAUGGUCGAACUUCAUUGAUUGACGGUACGCAUUUGGUUGAUAAUAUUCUCAAUAAACUAUCGUAUUUACAAGUAUUUAUCUUCAAUAUUAUCACAGAAUACGUUAGAAUAGAUGAAGAACUUUUACCAACACUCGAUGAGAUAAAACGUCCAUUGGUUGAAAUGGGAUUUGAUGUUAAUUGUUAUAUUGACUAUAAUGAAUUUUAUAAGUGUCAAUGCCAUAUUUAUUCGCUUCCAGUUACUAUAGAUGCUAUGCAUAUACAUUCUGGUAAAUUUCAGGGUGGUUUAUUUAUGACUGUUCGUGAGUUAUAUCUAAAAGAUCUUGUUCGUUCAUUUGAACAUGUGUUUUUUGCUCAAAUUGCUCAAGCUUUUCCAUUACUAAAGAAAUUAACGAUAUUCAAUAGAAACAAAUUAAUACAGCAACAAGCUAAAUGUGAAUCAACAGCGUCAACUAUUGAAUUUUCUCAUCUUGUGAUACUCAAUGUCGCUAUGUCACAUAUUGAUUAUGCGAAACAAUUUCUUUUCGACUUUAAUACAUGUCUACCUUCUCUCAAUAGACUUCAUAUUAAAUAUGAAGAUUUAGUGAUUGUAACAGAGAAUUUUACAAACAAAAAUGCUUACAGCAAUUGUUCAAAAUUGCAACAUAUUAUUUUGAACUCAAUACCAACUGUAUAUCCACACAAUUUUUACCUUUAUUUUCCGUUGUUGUGA